AUGUUUAUUAAAUAUUGGCUUUUUGAUAAAUCCAAAAUAACAGCCGAGGUGAAUGCCAAUAAAUAUCUGAAGGAUCCCACUAAAGAAAAUUUGACACUUAGUAAAAGACAAGCGAAACAUUUAAAAGCUUUAUUUAGUAAAUUAAUUUCUACAGAUAAAAAUAAUUUAAGUUGUAAAAACUUUCAAAACUUUGAAGUUGAUUCUUUAUUUCAUAUAAAGCAUUUUAACAAGAUAACAAAAGAAAUUGAGUUACCAAAAUGGAAUGAACCCUCUUUAAUAAACAAACGUGAUUUUACUAAGGAACUAAAAACCACUAUAAAGGAGAAAGUAACACUUACUAAAGAAGAUAAAGUGUAUUUAGAAAAAAUUAUAUCUUUGCGAAUUAGAAACUUAUAUGUCGAUCCCUUUACAAUUAAAAUUCUUUGUUUUCAGGACACAUCUUAUUCCAUUAAUCUGAUUAGUGCACCGAAGCAUAUUCACAAUAUUAAGAAAUCAAUUAUAAUAGAAAAAUAUAUUCCAACAAAUACAUAUCAAGACAUAGACCAAGAUACAGCACUAUUAAACGAAAAUGAAGAUUUUAACUUAUCCCCAAUUGAAAAGAUCAUCCCUAAAAUUUCCUUAGCUUUACUACCAUUUGACACCAUGGAUCAAUAUAUUUUUCAUAUUGAUUCCAAAAAACAAAAUAAUAACAGUUUAAGAAUACCAAUAGAUAUAUUAAUAUGGGAUGUUAAGUAUAAAGAACAGGAAAACAAAAUUAUUUCAACGUUUUUCAAAGAAUUGGAAUUGAAAUUAUUUGAUAUUGAAUUCCAUAAAUUUGAAUUCUUUAAAUUUGCUUGCCAUAAAAGAUUAAAAAAUAAUUCAAAACCAACAAAAAUCACCAAGUUUUGGAAGUUGUCCAAAAUACAACUGAAACAAAUGAAAUGGUCUCCAUUUAAAAAAUGGAAUAAACUGGAGGUAUAUAAAAGAUUUCAAGAUGAGCAAAUAUCAUUAGUUGAUUUUUCUAUGCCCACUUUCACUUCUAAUGUCACAUUAUAUAUUCCCAAUACAGAUUUGGAUCUAUAUGAAAGAAAUAGAGGAUACAUGAAAAAUCUUCAAAUUAACACUGAAAUUAUAUUAUAUGAUAAAAAUAACGAAGCUUUAAUAGAAGUAGAUAGUAGGAGAAAAGAAAGCAAAUCAAAAGAUAGUUAUGAGGGUGAAGAUCAAAACAACAAAAAUAGCAGUCACUUGCCAGUACAAUCCAGUAUUUUGAUAGAAGGGUUUUCUGAUAAAAAAUCUCUAACCAUACCCAAAAAAAGGUCAUUCCUUGAUUCUGAAUUACAAUCAAUAAUCGCAAAUAAAAAGUCUCAAAUGAAAGUUAACAAAAAAACUAGUGAGCAAACAGACAAAAUAUCACGAGAUUAUUCUACAAAGGAAGAUAUUACUGAUAUUUUUCGGAGUGGGAUUUUUAGUAACUUUGAAAAUACUACUGAACUCAGGCAUAUUGAACAGAUGGGAAAUGUAUCAAGUCAAUCAUAUUUUGAUUCAAGUAUAAGCAACCUUUUGCAUGAGUGUUUUCCAAUUGACUUAAUUCCAAAAUUUAAUAUUAAAGAUAAAUUGAUCAUAUUCAAUUCCAAUAGGAUCACUAAUAAUUAUAAAUUAUUACAAGGGUUAAUUAAACAAAAGGUACCGAGUUGUAUCAUUAUAGAAAGAUAUUUUGCAACAAAUUGUGACAUAGUUUUAAACUAUUCAACAUGUAUUAUCUGUUUGGAAUUAGCAAAAUUUUUUCAAAGACGAGCAUCUGGUGAUCUUUACUAUCUUGACAUUUUAAAAGAUUGUUUACAAGAGUAUAAAAGAAUAAAAAUAAUGUUUGAUUAUGAUCCAGAUUUGAUAUUUUAUGAUAAUGAUAUUUUUUGGAAAAUAUAUCUUUACCUCCCAUUCCCUUGUUUUGAACUAUUUUUUGUGCCUAAUGGAAGUAUAUCCAUACUAGUUCAGCAUAUGAAUAAGUUAAUUUGGAAAGAAACAUCGACUAACAUCUCUGUAGCUGAGCUCGAAGAUAACAAAGAUAGUGAAGAUGAUGAAUAUGAAGAGAAUGGUAAUAAUAGUUACAGAGUAGAAGACAUUUUAUUAAAAUUAAACUUUAAUCCUAUUUUAGCUAAAAUAUUAGUAAAAAAAUACAACAAUAAUCUAACCAAUAUUCUUUUGCAAAUAAAUGAUGGAGUUGAUCCGUACCUUUUAAAAACUAUGACCACAUCGCAACUAAAUCGAUUAAAAAAGCUUAAUUCAAUUAAUUGGUAA